AUGGGUCAAGUGCAACUCUAUUGUCCAUCCAAAAAGAAGACUGUCGACAAUUUCGUCUUCGGCGCAUUCCAGAAUCUCGACCAAGUUCUGCAAGGCGUGCGACUUGCGCUCGAUAUCAAGUACGCAGCUCUCUACACUGUCGAGGCGAGACCCAUAUACGAACCCAGUGCGCUCGAGGACGAUCAACGCAUAUUGGUGGCAGCAAGUGCGGAAGAGACGAUGUUGCCUGAUGCGCCUCCUGGAUGGGUUCUGUACCAUGGCGAAGAGGGUGACGAUGUCGACCCGGACACGGAAGGUUAUGGUCAAGAGUGGGAUACGCUGUCCGAUCAUGAAAAAUAUCUACACAUCACCAGUCUCAACGAGCGGAAGCCCGAGACCCGCAACAAGAUGCGCAUCACGCGCCCAUACAAGUCGCUUGAAGCAGAACUUCACUUCUUCGAAUACAAAGGUUCAUCAACCGUUGAGUUCACUGAGGAUGAUGCCCGUGUCGAGCGAUACUGGGGCAUCACUGUCAAGCAGUUCAUCCCCUUCUCCAUGAAAGCAGGGCCUAGCACAAACCUUAGCCAGAAGCUCACCUCCCCAACCGCAUUUGCUAUCAUGAUCUUGUCUAGCAUCACACACGGUCAAUCUCGACUAGCUCUAGAGCUACUAGAGGAGGCCAUUGCGUUACGCACCCAAUACGAGCAAGGCGACAACAAGGAUCCCGUCUUGCAGACGCAGGACGUACUCAACGCGAUUGCCAUUGUGUAUGAGCGGGCUGAUCUUAUCCCAGCCAACCUGACAAAGGUAAAGAGCGGAAAGUCGAAGGAGCGUGAGAAGCGAAAGGCUGCUAGGGAGAAGAAGAAGUCCGCUGGUCAGUCUAGCACUUCGGUGUAG